GCGCAGUGUGUGGCGUGUCGGGAGUCAGAACCUGGGCGGGACGGGGCGGGGCUUCGGCCGAGAGGGAGGGAAGCCGGAGAAAGGAUAAGAAAGGGAGUGGGACUGGCGCCUACGGUGGCCGAAGUGGGACGCGCCGAGCCGGAGGCUGCAGGAUGAUGCGAUUCAUGCUGCUAUUCAGCCGGCAGGGAAAACUGCGGCUGCAAAAAUGGUACCUGGCCACUUCGGACAAGGAACGGAAGAAGAUGGUGCGGGAGCUUAUGCAGGUUGUCCUGGCUCGCAAGCCCAAGAUGUGCAGCUUCCUGGAGUGGAGGGACCUCAAAGUUGUCUAUAAGAGAUAUGCCAGCCUCUACUUCUGCUGCGCCAUCGAGGGCCAAGACAAUGAGCUCAUCACACUGGAGCUGAUCCACCGAUACGUGGAGCUCUUAGACAAAUACUUUGGCAGUGUGUGUGAGCUGGACAUCAUCUUCAACUUUGAGAAGGCCUACUUCAUCCUGGAUGAGUUUUUGAUGGGGGGGGAUGUCCAGGACACCUCCAAGAAGAGUGUGCUGAAAGCCAUCGAGCAGGCUGACCUACUGCAGGAGGAGGAUGAGUCGCCGCGGAGUGUGCUGGAGGAGAUGGGUCUGGCAUAGCCCCCGCUGGGCUGGGGCAUGGCGAUGGGGUCCUGGCAGCAUGGCGGGAACGGCUGCUUCUCCUCUGCCCAGGGCCCUAUUCUUGGUGGGACUCGGCUGCCCCUCCUCUGCUGCCUCACCUUCUUUCAGAGUGAGCUGUGGGCUCAGGCCCUUCAAACAUUCCCUCCCUCCACCCCCUACCUCCACUUUCCCCUUUACCCACCAAAGGUUUUAGGAGCUAGGAGGCAGGAAAAUGUGACCCAGAUGGGGGUGCUAUUUGGCUUUUAUUCCCUGCCUUUGCAGAACUGAUGUCAUCCCAGACGUCCUUCCCUCCCUAAUAACUGUAAAUAUAUAAAUAUGUCAGGUUAAAGGGAAAAGGUUUUCAGGGCACUUCUCUUCCUCUCUGCCCCGUAACCUACCUCCACCCUCCCCCUAGCCAGCCAGGGCGGCUUCUCUGCCUGGGAGGGGAGCCAGACCCCUCUCUUUCUCCUUGGCUGCAGUGGGGCUUCUAUCCAGUGCCAGGGAGGAACAACAUAGUUAAUUUUUUUCUAACCUUGCCACUUUGAGGGAAGGAAGGGUUGGGGGAAGGGCGAGCUUUAUGGGACCCUGGUCCUGGCCUUGUCCCUCUUUCACUCCAGUUCUGGGUGAGGCAGGAGCUGGGAGGGGUGGGGAGGGGGAAGUGUCUGCCUUUAUUUCCUUUCUUCUGAAAUAAAAGGAAAAGCAUUUCUGGA